UGCACUGAAUGUGGUAAACAGACUAAGAGCAUGAAGAGACACAUGGAGCUUCAUCAACAAAAUAGAAUGCAGAUUCCUUGCCCAAUUUGUGGAAAAGUUGUACUCAAGACUGGUAUGAGCUCUCACAUGAGAACAGUUCAUUCUGGACGUAAACCAUACAAGUGCCCUCAUUGCGACUAUUCAUCAGCCUUUAGAGGAAAUCUGAAUACCCAUAUCAAAGGAAUGCAUCUCCAUACGAGACAGUAUUUAUGCAGUGUCUGUAAAGCUGCUUUCAAGACUCUUGGAGCUUUGAUUGGACAUACCAAGAGAGUUCAUGAAGGAUGGAAAUCCCCCAAUCAGAAGAUCUUUAUUUGUUCAGUUUGUGAGAAGAGAUUUACCAAGAAGUACCAUGUGGAUAGACACAUGCUGAUUCAUACUGGAGAGAAACCUCAUAAAUGUACUGACUGUGGACGAUGCUUUAAUAACAAAUCUAACCUAAUGUCCCACAUUCAACUGGUACACAAGAAACUAUCGCCAUACAUGUGUGACAUGUGUCACGAAACCUUCAAAAGAAAGAAACUUCUUCUGGAGCAU